UUUUAGUACGCACUGAAUAUAGAUUUCAUAAUUUAAUAUUACGAAUGCAACCAUGUUUGUACUAAAAGUAAUAAGUUUAGUACAAAAACAAACUGUAGAACGCAACGCAGAACAUGAAAGUAAUUUUUGUUUUAAAUAGAAAUAAAUAAAUUUAUAUAAUAAAUAGAAAAUUAUAAAACUAUAAUGAUGGCGCGGCGUGGUGGUAAACGUAUACGUAUGGAUGAUCCACCGCCGGAAUAUGAAGAAGGACUACAAGGAGACCAAUUGAAUGAAAGCAUUUCUGAUGGAGAUAGUCCAACAAAACGUAUGACACGUUUACGUGCAAGAGGUGGCGUUCGCGAUAAACCACCUAUUAUUGAUGAUGACGAGGAUGAUUUCUAUGCACCAGUGGUGCGUAAAAGAAAACAGCCAACACAACGUAAGCCACCAGGCGAAAAACGUGAGCGUGCUGAGCGGCCACGAAAAGAACACGCUGAAAAGGAACAGGAGCGAAUUGAUAUUGAACGCGAUGUUACCACAGAUGAAAAUAGUUUAUAUUUUAUAGUCCGCCAUUCCAAGGCAGCAAUAGCCAGCAUUGUUGACGAUUGGAUAGAACAAUAUAAACAGAAUAGAGAUUCGGCUCUUAUUUCGCUAAUGCAGUUUUUCAUCAACGCUAGUGGUUGCAAAGGAAAAAUAUCAUCUGACAUGCAACAUCCAAUGGAGCACACUGCUGUCAUACGUAAAAUGACUGAAGAGUUUGAUGAGGAAAGUGGUGAAUAUCCUUUAAUAAUGUCGGGUCUGCAAUGGAAAAAGUUCAAAAUGAAUUUUUGUGAUUUUGUGCAAACGCUUGUAAAACAGUGCCAAUACUCCAUAAUAUAUGAUCAAUUUUUAAUGGAUAAUGUUAUAUCACUUUUAACUGGGUUGUCGGACUCUCAAGUGCGAGCCUUUCGUCACACAGCAACAUUAGCAGCCAUGAAGUUGAUGACGGCCCUAGUGGAUGUGGCACUUUUAGUUUCUAAUAAUUUUGACAAUGCGGCUAAGCAGUACGAGGCGGAGAGAGUAAAGUCACGUGAUCGUCGUGCUUCAGACCGUUUAGAGUCCUUAAUGGCAAAGCGUGCUGAAUUGGAAGAAAAUAUGGAUGAAAUAAAGAAUAUGUUAACAUACAUGUUUAAAUCCGUCUUUGUGCACCGUUAUAGAGAUACGUUGCCUGACAUACGUGCAAUUUGUAUGGCGGAAAUUGGGGUUUGGAUGGAAAACUAUCCACAAAACUUUUUAGAUGACUCUUAUCUUAAAUACAUUGGUUGGACUCUUCAUGACAAAGUCGGCGAAGUGCGGUUACGUUGCUUACAGGCGUUAUUACCGCUUUAUGAUAAAAUUGAGUUAAAAGGCAAAUUGGAGUUGUUCACCUCAAAGUUUAAAGAUCGUAUUGUUGCGAUGACACUGGACAAGGAGUUUGAAGUUGCUGUACAUGCAGUCAAACUUGUUAUAAGCAUACUAAAAAUACAUCCUGACAUACUGGCAGAUAAAGAUUGUGAAAUUGUUUACGAACUGGUGUAUUCUUCUCACCGGGGCGUUGCACAAGCUGCUGCAGAAUUUCUUAAUGUACGUCUAUUUCAUUUAACUGCUGAUAUGGAAGAGUCGAAAACCAGACGCGGAAAAUUACGAUUACCCAAUACACCGUUAGUACGCGAUUUAGUACAGUUCUUUAUUGAAUCUGAACUGCAUGAACACGGUGCUUAUUUGGUUGAUUCAUUUAUAGACAGCAAUCCGAUGGUCAAAGAUUGGGAAUGUAUGACGGACUUAUUGUUAGAGGAACCUGGCAUUAAUGAAGAAGUUUUAGAUAACAAACAGGAGUCUACAUUAAUAGAAAUAAUGGUCAGUAGUGUUAAACAAUCAGCAACUGGUGAGGCACCGGUUGGGCGUGCAAGCAAUCGUAAAGUCACACUGAAUUCAAAAGAACUAAAAGCAAUACAGGAUGAAAAAACUAAAUUAACUGAACAUUUUAUUAUAACAUUGCCACCUCUAUUAGAAAAAUAUCAAGCAGACAGUGAGAAAUUGACAAAUUUACUUGCUGUUCCACAAUAUUUCGAAUUAGAUAUUUACACUACAAAUCGACAGGAGGCUAACUUACAAGCAUUAUUAGACAAAAUAAGUUACAUAAUGUCAGUGCAUACAGAUCGUGAGGUACUCGAAGCAUGCUCUAAAACGCUUGAAUAUUUAUGUACAGAGGGUAGUGCUACGUAUACUCGUUGUGAUGUGGCGCGUUCAAAUAUUAUUGAUACAACCGUAAACAAGUAUAAAGAUUCCAUUGACGAUUGGCGUACGAUUAUUGCAGCUACGGACACACCAAAUGAAGAUGAAAUUCACAAUGUGAUUAUAUCAUUGAAAGUUGUAUCUAUAUUAUUUUCAUCACACAACUUAAACCCUUGGAGUUUGUUUGACUCACUAUUUCAAGAUGUGGACGAAAUCCAAUCAAAGAAUAGCGAAGAAGUACAUAUACCUAGUGAAGCAAUUGUGUAUUGCAUAGAA